AUGGUAAAGCAUAUAAAAUUCCACCAAUCUGACUCGGAGUCAGAGAAUGAAGCAGAUUCGACAUCCCGGCUCGAUUCCAGCCACCCAUCCAAUUCCAAGGCUGCCAAGCACCAGAAUGGCAUGAGCGACAAGCAGCGACACGAUAGAUCGGAGGCUCUAGCUCAAGCACAGAGGCAAUUACCUAUCUAUGCUGGCAAAGAAGCGAUAAUCAACGAAACUUGGAAUAAUGAUACGAUCGUCGUUUUGGGAGAGACUGGAUGCGGUAAAACAACCCAAAUACCGCAAUAUCUGAUCGGACCAGAAUAUCACAAACUUGCAAACUCAACCAAGCCCAUCAAAGUCGUCGUCACCCAGCCCAGACGAGUUGCUGCAAUGUCCUUGGCCACCCGAGUCUCCGAGGAGGUUGGUUGUCGACUUGGAACCACUGUUGGCUAUACCGUCCGAUUCGAUGACUGUAGCGAGCAGAAAACAAGGCUGAAAUACGUCACCGAUGGGACCUUGUUGCAAGAGAUGCUCUCCGAUAAGCUGCUAUCAAACUACGAUAUUGUGAUCAUUGACGAAGCUCACGAGCGUUCCCUACGGACCGACAUGCUCCUAGGAUUUCUCAAAGGGAUCCAGAGAACUCGGCGAACUAGGAUCGAAGAGAGCUCAAAUUUCCCGCAAAGAAAAUCUGCUAAUCAUCAAGCCACACCAACACCGGCUCGUGCACUUAAGGUGAUAAUCAUGAGUGCGACUAUCGAUGCCGAGCGCUUCAGUCAGUUUUUUGACGAUGCCAAGAUCCUCUACGUCAAAGGUCGCCAACACCCAGUCACCGUCUUCUACGCCCAAGAGCCACAAGAAGACUAUGUCGAAUCUGCCCUCAAGACCUCAUUACAAAUACACACCAAAUAUCCGCUGGGUGACGUGCUGAUCUUUCUCACGGGACAAGAUGAGAUUGAAAACAUGCAAGCGCAGCUACAGAUGUAUGCCGAUGAUCUGACACCGACGAUGCCCAAAAUGUUGAUUUGUCCGCUCUAUGCCAAGCUUCCGCCUCACCAGCAACAAAAAGUCUUCCAGCGAACGCCCCCCAACUUCCGCAAGUUUAUCCUCUCCACCAAUGUAGCCGAGACCUCGAUCACGAUUCCUGGAGUCAGUUACGUGAUUGAUACCGGGUUCGCCAAGGUCAAACGCUUCCACAGCAUGGCCGGUGUUGAAGAAUUGCGGGCCGAGCCCAUCAGUCAGUCUUCUGCAAAUCAGCGCACGGGCAGAGCCGGUCGAGAGUGCCCCGGAAAAUGUUGGAGACUUUAUUCCCAAGAAACCUAUAACUUGCUGGCCAAAAUCACCGAGCCAGAGAUACAGCGAUGCAGUCUAUCGUUUGCGAUCUUGCAUCUAUUGGCGACCGGGGUGGAAGAUAUCUUCAGUUUUGAGUUUAUGGAUAAGCCCAAAUUAGAUGAUCUCAAAUUUGCCCUGGUCCACUUGGCCCUCCUGGGUGCCCUAGAUUCGGGCUCGAAGAUCAACGCCCUCGGUCGGCAGAUGGCAACCCUGCCUCUAGACCCGCCUCUUGCCAGAUGCCUCUUGGCGUCUUUCGACCAUCGAUGUGCCUCGGAGAUGAUCGACCUGAUUGCACUCUUGGAGCAUUCCGACACACUCUUGGUCAAUACGAUCAGUACGCGUGAGCUAGCCCAGGAGGCCAGAAGAAAGUUCAUCCAUCGAGAUGGUGACCACCUGCUCCUCCUGAACAUCCUCAAGGCUUACCAGAGCACGACUGAGAAUUGCCAUUCACAAGCUAGGAUGAAGAUCGAGCAGAAGAAUUGGUGCAAGGAGAACUUCAUCAACCCGAAAGCCUUGAGUAACGUGCUCGAAUCCAGGAAACAGCUCCGGGAUCGAUGCAAAAGGCUGGGCUUGGAUUGGAGCCAGUCCAGUCGUGAUCCGCAGGAAUCAGAGACGAUCGGCGCGCGUGUCGUAGAGGAAGACUCGUCCCCGAUCCUGUGCAGUUUGCUUGCCGGUCUGGCCACCCAGUUAGCGAUCAGACAGCCCGACCAAAGCUACAUCAAUCCAAUCACCAAAGUGCAUGUCAAGAUUCAUCCAUCCUCCAGCCUCUACGCUAAAGCAGUUGAGACAUUCAUAUACCACGAGCUGGUCCAUACCUCUUCGACCUACGCGAGAAUGUGCAGUGUGAUGAAGCCUAUCUGGAUCCAGGAUCAAACUACACUCUUUAACACCGCCUGA